GCCAUGGACGCGUCGUGCCCCGCGGCCGUGGGGCCGUCGCGCGCCUUCAAGGAGGAGCUGCUGUGCGCCGUGUGCUACGACCCCUUCCGCGACGCCGUGACGCUGCGGUGCGGCCACAACUUCUGCCGCGGCUGCGUGAACCGCUGCUGGGAGGCGCAGGCGGCGCCCGCGUGCCCCGUGUGCCAGGAGCGCGCGUUGCCCGGCGCCCUGCGCACCAACCACACGCUCAACAACCUGGUGGAGCAGCUGCGGCGCGACGAGGCCCAGGGCGGCCGCCCCGCGCGCCUCUGCCGCUCGCACCGCGCCCCGCUCGGCCUCUUCUGCCUGGACGAGCAGGAGCUGCUGUGCUGCGCGUGCCAGGCCGAGCCGCGCCACCAGGGCCACCGCGUGCAGCCCGUCGGGGACACGGCGCUGGACUUCCGGGCCCGGUGCCGGAACAUGGAGCACGCCCUGCGGGAGAAAGCCAAGGCCUUCUGGGCUGUGAGGCGUUCCUAUGAGGCCAUCGCCAAGCACAACCAGGGGGAGCGUGCGUGGCUUGAGGGCCGCAUCCGGCGCGAGUUUGAGAAGCUGCGGGAGUUCCUGGAGGCCGAGGAGCAGGCCGUGCUGGACGCCGUGGCCGAGGAGGCGCGGCAGAAGCAGGGCCUGGCUGACGAGAGGAUGAAGCGGCUGGCCGAGGACGCGGAGGCACUGACCCACGAGAUGGAGCGGCUGCAGAAGGAGCUGAAGGAGGAUGACGUCUCCUUCCUCAUGAAACACAAGAGCCGGAAGCGCCGCCUCUUCUGCACCAUGGAGCCUGAGCCCGUGCAGCCCGGCCUGCUGCUGGAUGUCUGCAAGCACCUGGACUCGCUGCCGUACCGGGUCUGGAGGAAGAUGAUGGCAUCUGUGGAGUCCGUGCCCUUCAGCUUGGACCCCAACACCGCGGCCGGCUGGCUGUCCGUGUCCGAGGACCUGACCAGCGUCUCCAACCAGGGCUACCGCGUGCAGGUGGAGAACCCGGAGCGCUUCGCCUCGGCGCCCUGCCUGCUGGGCUCGCGCACCUUCUCGCGGGGCUCCCACAUCUGGGAGGUGGACCUGGGGGCGCUGUCCAGCUGGCGCGUGGGCGUGGCGCGCGCCCGGGCGAACGCCGGCCCCGAGGGCCAGGCGCACAGCUGCUACCACGACGCCCGCGCCGGCUUCUGGUACCUGAGCCGCACGCAGGGCGUGGGCGGCGACCACUGCGUCACGUCGGACCCCACCGCCUCGCCGCUGGGGCCCGGCCUGCCGCGCCGGCUGCGCGUGGAGCUGGACUGCGACGGCGGGGAGCUGUCCUUCUACGACGCCGAGCGCGGCUGCCACCUCUACACCUUCCACGCCCGCUUCGGGGAAGUGCGGCCCUACUUCUACGUGGGGGGCGCGCGGGGCGAGGGCCCGGGCCAGCCCGAGGCGAUGCGCAUCUGCCCGCUGCGCAUCGUGGUCCGGGAACUGCUGGACAGCUGACGCCCUGGCGGGCGC